GCUAUAUAGUCUUAAAGUUUGAUUCUUUUUUUUUUCUCUCCCUAGACGACGUGAGUUCGCCCUAGCCGCCGAGAACUUUUUUCUGAUCUUCGCUCACCCUCUCCGGUGGCCGGAGCUCAUCGAUGCUGCCGUGAGAGGGUCUCUUUUGUCUUUCGUUUUUAGCUGCUGGUUUUAUCUCUGUUUUGGAUUGAUCUUGGUUGGUUUCGUGAAGAGGAUCUCUCGGUCUAGCUUCUUCCUUGAUGGCUAGAUUUGUUUGUUUUAGCUUAUUCGGUUAGUUGUAGUCUUUGCUGUUGCUAUGAGACUUGAUUCGACAGAAGCAUUUCUGCUUUUGGGUAAUAAUUUAGAUCUUAGCCCUACCUCUUAGUUAGAUCCUCUUGCUUGUUCGUUAGUGAGUUUUGGACUAGGUUUGUUCUUGGUGUUUGCCUCUCUGAUGGUAAUUUGUUGCUAUGCCACCUAUUAGCCUCUCUCUUAGGUUCUAGUUUAGAGUUGAGUUUUGGGCGUAGCAGUGGAUUCGAUCUUUAGCUCUACUCUUGCGAGGAGGUCACAGUUUUAAGUCUAUAGGUGGUUGAAACUGGUUCGACGAGUGUCCGCGUGUUAGAGUUGCUGAUCUUCUUUGGCUUAUCUCCAUUCAAUUUUCAAGGUGUCCCACUUUGUUCCUAGUGCUUCUUUCUCUUCUCGUUUGGCUGGUGAGGUAUACUAGGUUGUAUUUGUGUAUCCGGUCGCGUUUGAUUCAUGCUUCCCUCUCUGUUGGUGUGCUACUAAUUAGUCUUCGGUUUGAGGUCUUCCGGUCUUAUUGGUGCUUCCGGCGUUUUCAGUUUCUAUAGGAAAGUUUCAUAGGAAUCUCUCUUGCCUUUGCACAAUUUUAUGGUUUAGACUGUAAUCUCUCCAUAAAGUAUGUUUGUUCUUUAAAAUUUUGUUUCGAUGUUGCUUUACUUUGCUUCCCUGUUCUUUGGGGUUAUGAUACCCUUUUUGGACUAAUGUCUCCGGAGACGUUUUGUAGUCCGUCGGCAUAUGUAUUUCAACUUGUAUUUUCUUUUGGGUUUUAAUAAAAUUUCAGAUGACAAAAAAAAAAUAAGUCUUAAAAUUUGAAGUUCUUGAUAAAAAAAACUAUGGGUGGUUUCUCACAUAAAUGCUUUUGUUUGUUUUUUGGUAAUGCAUUUCUUUUUUAAUAAUUAAAGAUGACCAGAUUUUGAUUUUAAAUAUUAUAUUUGAAUUACUAUUUAAAAAUAAGAUACAGAAUGUAUCAUAAUACAUUACUGCGCGCAUAAGAGUCUGUUCGACUUCGGAUUUGUGUCUCCUCGAUUCAACAAUUCUCACAGUCGGUUUCAUGGAUAUAUUUCGCCGUUCAAUCUCAAAAGGUGGUGGUGGGAAAGAUGGAUCGUCUAAAGGUUUUGUGAAGAGGGUUACAUCAACUUUCUCCAUUAGGAAAAAGAAGAACACAACGAAUGAUCCGAAACUACUUCUUCCUCGAUCCAAAUCAACUGGAGGUAACUAUGAACACAUGAGGCUGCCUCAGGGUCAGGGGAAAAAGGCUCUUCCAGAUGUUACAACAACAAAAGACACUAAAAGGACCAAAUCUGCAGGUGUUUCCCCUCAACCAAGGCGUGAAAAGAUCGAUGAAUCAUGCAAACAGUUUAUGAAGAUGAGAUGUUUUGAUGACAGUGACUCCAUUUGGUUGUCUUCAGAAUGUGCGUCUCCUACUUCUCUUUUAGAGGAACGUAGGUUGUCUGUCUCGUUUCAUUUCUCAGUAGAUGAAAAGAUCGUCUCGUGGUUGUCCAGUGUGGCUAACUCUUCCCUGACUUUGAAUCAAGAAUCCACCAGCUCAACCAAAGAGACAAGUUCAAAGAACGCAAAAUGUUCGUUUCAAAACAUUCGAAAAGAUGGAAAAGUUUGUAACUCAGCUGGGAAAUCUCGUGGAAAUGGUUCUGCAAAGCCGUCUUCGCGUUUACCAGAAAGCAGCAACAAGACUUGUCCUCAGAAACCAUGUGAAGAGUCAUCUAGUUCCAAAAGAUGUGUGAGUCCUGAAGAAAAGAAAGUUAGCUUCUCAGUAGAAACAGAGAAGUCCCCUUUACUAGUUAACUCAACUUCCAUGCCAUCUACUAAUACCACAGCAACAUCAUCUUUGGAGAAGAGUGCAGAGACUGGGGACUCAAAGAAAAAGAUUGUUGUGGAGCCACUUUUCUGGCCAUUUGAACAGAAGUUUGAUUGGACACCAGAGGAUAUCUUAAAGCACUUCUCCAUGUCUCCACGGAGAAAGAAGUCGCUAGGAUCCAAGAGUGCAGGUACCUCUCCAAGAUCAAUGAGGGCACAACUCCAAACAAGAAAGCUAGAUCUUAAAGAAGGGUGUAAGAGGAAGCUCAUGUUCAAUGGUCCUGGAUCAAAUUCAAAACCAACAAGGAUUCCAGAACUGAAACGAACAAUCAGCAACAACAGUAACACCAAGAAAAGCGAGAUCAGCAAGACCGAACAACCUAUAAGGAACAGUGUGAAGAGGAACAAAAGUUUGCCAUCGAGGCUGAGGAAAUCAAGUAAAAUAUCUUCAAGGGUGGUACCUAUUGAAGCUACAGAAGAUACUGGAGAGAAUUUUAAAGAGCAGAAAACACCUAAGAAGCUCAUCAUGACACGCAAGUCCAGGACAUUCUUGGAAGAUGACUUUGCUUUGAUGAAUGAUUUCUCUAUAGAAAAGGCGGUCGGACUUUGCGAGUUCAAGGGAAGAGAAGGCAUAGAUUCAGACUUCAACACUGAUGGUUUCUUGUUCGACGAUUCUCUAUGAAAAGAAAAGGCUGUACAGAUUUGAUAAGUACCUGAGGAUAUAGCAUCAUACGGCUUAAUUAGUGUAUACUUGCCAAACCAACAUAUGUAUUGGCGACAAUUUUGUUUCUGGAUUGUAUAUGUUGGAUACUAAAUAUAGGUAGUAUUUAUAUGCAUAUAAUGUACAUGUGUUGGUCUGUUGGAUCAAUCAAAGAGCUGAAAUAUAUGGUCUCGUUUGUUGGUUCUCA